AUGUUCCGCCAAGCAAAGCACGACACCAAGAUAAAGGCAUCUCCGAUUCAUCAUCGACUUCCACCCGUCCUCAUCCGCACCCGCCAACCAUCAACACCACCAUCACCCACCGCCGUCGCCGCCGCCGCCGCCAUGUCCACCUUUGGAUACUAUUUCCGGGUCACGACCGCCGGCGAGUCGCACGGCAAGUCCGUCUCGUGCAUAAUAGAGAAUUGUCCGGCCAAGCUCGCGCUCAGCGAGUCGGACAUCCAGCCGCAGCUUGACCGGCGGCGUCCGGGACAGUCGAACAUCACGACGCCGCGCAAGGAAACGGACGAGGUGACGAUCCAUUCCGGCACCGAGAACGGCAUCACCCUCGGCACGCCCAUCCUCCUCACCGUUCCCAACAAGGACCAUCGGCCCGGCGACUACGUCGACCCCGUCCUCGACCUCUACCCGCGUCCGAGCCACGCCGACUGGACGUACCUCGAAAAGUACGGCGUCAAGGCGUCGUCGGGCGGCGGCCGGAGCAGCGCCAGGGAGACCAUCGCCCGCGUCGCCGCCGGCGCCGUCGCCGAGAAGUGGCUCCGCAUCAAGUACGGCGUCGAGAUCGUCGCCUUUGUCACCUCGGUCGGCGACAUCGACCUCUUCGACGGCGCCGAAGCCAUGAGCGCCGACCAGCGCUUCCUCGACCUCGCCGACUCCAUCACGCGCGAGCAAGUUGACAAAUUCCUGCCCGUCCGCUGCCCCGACGAAGCAAUGUCGAGCCGCAUGAAGGAGCGCAUCGAGGAGCUGAAGGCCGCCAACGACAGCACCGGCGGCACCGUCACCUGCGUCAUCCGCAACGCCCCCUCGGGACUCGGCGAGCCCUGCUUCGACAAGCUGCAGGCGACGCUCGGCCACGCCAUGCUCAGCAUCCCCGCCGUCAAGGCCUUUGAGCUCGGCUCCGGAUUCGCCGGCGCCCGCAUGACGGGCAGCAGCCACAACGACCCCUUUGUCGCCGCCGGCCUCGACCAGGCCGCGCUCGACGCCGCCGGCGCCAAGAUGGGCAUCCCGCCCUCGAAGCUGCAUACCAAGACGAACAACUCGGGCGGCAUCCAGGGCGGCAUCUCCAACGGCAUGCCCAUCUUCUUCCGCGUCGCCUUCAAGCCCCCCGCCACCAUCAGCCAGGAUCAGACGACGGCCCAGUACGACGCCGAGGCCGAGGGUGUCCUCACCACCAAAGGCCGCCACGACCCCUGCGUCGUCCCCCGCGCGGUGCCCAUCGUCGAGGCCAUGGCCGCCUUGGCCAUUGCCGACGCCGCCAUGGCUCAGCACGCCCGCCAUAUGAGUCGCCACUGA